AUGGCGUCCGACAUGAGCAAGUGGGACAAUGACAUGACCCUCUACCUCUUCACGUCCCUCACGGCCGGCUCCUCGCACAUCGUCACCGCCACCUCGCGCAUCGAGACCAUUCUGAGGGCGAAUCGCAUUCCCUUCACCUACAUCGACACGGCCACAAACGAGGAUGCCAAGAGGCUGUACAUGCGCCGCGGCCAGGGAAAGAAGUUCCCGCUGCUGGUGAAGGAGGGUUAUUUCCUCGGUGGCAUCACCGAAGUCGAAGAAUGGAACGAAUUUGGCGAGCUCGAGGACGAGAUUGGCGAGGUUGCUGAGCCCGAGACGUCCAUCGUGACUGCUCCCUUGAAGGCGGGCUUCGCUUCGCCUUACCCGCUGAACGCCUCCGCCGGAGACAAGAAGAAGCCUGCGUCGUCGGGCGCCUCGAUAGCCUCGUCGAAGAAGGACAAGGACGCCGACGAGACGCCCAGGGUGUCGCUCGAGGCAGCCCAGGCAUUCGGCAAGGCCGGCAACGAGGCCGCGUCGAUUGCUGCCAGCAAGAAGAGCGCCCCCUCCAUCAAGUCUAACCUCAGCACGCACAGCACACUUCCCGACAAGACGAGUGAAUCCCAAUCCCUGGACGCCUUUUCGCCUCGCCCCUCGGUCGACUCGGCCGUGCCGGCUCCUCUCGGCCUCGGAAGCAAGUCUCCUUCGCCCACCGGUCAGACUUUCGCUGGCAACACGGAGCACGCGUCGCACCGUGGCUCGACCAUGUCUGCGGCCACCGAUGAUGCCAUCAAAGCUCUCGAGGAAGCUCUGGCCAUACCCGAGGGAGACGAGGUCGACGUCUCGUCGCUUUCCCUCAAGGAGGAGCCCGCCGCGGCAGACGAGGGCGCGUCCGUCAAGGACCAUGCCGGCUCGAAAGAGGACAUAACCAAGGUGGACUCGAGUAGCGCAACCACGGCCGUCGUGGACGACAGAUCAUCCGUUGCCGCGCCGUCGACAGCGCCGACGGAGAAAGAAGAGCAAGAGGCGCACGCGUCGGCCCCUGCCAAGGACAACGAUGCCAGCGCACCCGAGGCCAGCCACGCAAAUCUCGCGCCGCAGGACGACGACACCCCGAAGGCGUCAACGGAUGAAAUCAGAGAGAAGGGCAUCGACCCGAGCUUCGACAACACCCGGGAGGUCAAGGAGGAGGAGGACACGGAGAAGAAGGGUAAGGAGACGACUGCAACGACGACGGGCGAGCAGCAGGCUACCACUACUGUUGCUGGCGAUGAAGACGUCACAGCACCUACAUCAUCUGCAUCAUCGUGA